UGUUGAUGCUUUUUCUCUCUUGUUGGUUCUGCUCCAUUAUUUGGGACUCUCUUCUUCUUCUGGGUACGUACUGUUCACCUCACCAAGCUGGCAUGGCCCAGUGUCAGAUUAGCCACAAUACAUGACUCCUUCCUCCUCCUUCUCAUCUCUAUAACUCUCAUUCACAGUCCGCACACACACACACACACAACUCAUGCCUUAAUUAGCCCCAUUCCCCACUCUCUACCAACGCCAAAUGUAUGUGCCACUUUAGAGACACGCUUUACAGCAUACCCAACUCAAAAUGGAUACGUAUUCCAACUCUUCUUCCUCAUCCAACUCCUCCGAUUCUCUCAAUGGCUUGAAAUUCGGCCAGAAAAUGUACUUUGAGGAUGCGGGUCUUGCCUUACCUGUCAAAUCCGGUGCCGGGCAGCGCUCAUCUACCACUGCAGAUGGAGAUAAGGGUUCUGGAACGCAACCCAAGAAGGGGAGAACUGGGAAUGUUCAAGGUGGGCAGCCACCGAGGUGCCGAGUUGAAGGAUGCAAGGCAGAUCUAACCGAUGUUAAGGCUUACUAUUCCAGACACAGAGUUUGUGGCAUGCAUUCAAAGUCACCUAAGGUUAUUGUUGCAGGUCUUGAACAGAGGUUUUGUCAGCAGUGUAGCAGGUUCCAUCAGCUUCCGGAAUUUGACCAGGGGAAAAGAAGUUGCCGCAGACGCUUGGCUGGCCAUAACGAGCGUCGCAGAAAGCCACCACUUGGAUCUCUCUUGUCCUCCCGUUACAGGCGUCUCUCCUCGUCUGUAUUUGGUUCAGAACAUAGUGGCCGAACUGGCAGCUUUCUAAUGGACUUUUCUGCAUACCCGAGGCUCUCUGGGAGGAUGUCUGAAAACCAAACCAUGUCUGCUGGUGAUAAGUUUGUUCCGCACUUGUGGCAGAGUGAAGGUGAUCAGAAUCCUCCUUGCAACAACCUUCUGGAAGGUUCAUCUAGCGGGAACUGCUACUCUGGUUCAGGUAUUCCUUCGGGAGAAUGUUUCGCCUCGCUGGUGUCGGACUCCAGCUGUGCUCUCUCUCUUCUGUCAAAUCAAACUUCAUGGUGCUCAAGAAACCAGUCCUCUAGUCUGGGGAUGAACUCUUCCUCUCUGAGCACCAAUGGACUGCCCAUGGUUCAGUCAUCAUCGGCUGUUCAUGAUACGGCCAUCAAUCACUUUUCUGAUACCACUGCAUGGGGAUUCGAAGGCAGCGAUGCCUGUGAUGCCUCUACUGAUCUGCUCCAGAUUUCAUGCCACGAUGGAAACGGACAGUUUCAUGGCGUGGAGCUAGAGUUGGCUGCUCAGCAGAGCGAAAGGCAGUUCAUGGAACUGCAGCAGCAUUCACUAGCGUAUGAUGCUUCAUCCAACCAGCACUUCAACUGGAUGCUUUGAUUUCACUUGCUUUUCUGACCCAUCUUCUUGAUUCGCAAUCAAAACUAUGCGACUGAAUAAUAAUGAACUGCACCUCCUUUGAACUUGUUUCAUUGGCCUGGUUAAAAAAUGUUAUGAAACCUGGGAUUGAUUGAUCAAACUGGUUGUUGUGUUUUUAUGUGAACAUGAUUGACAGCUCAUGUUGAAAUGCUUUUAUUUUGAUCU